UUUCCACUGCACCAAAUCAAUGUCACAGCUGAGAAAUUGGGACCAUUUGCACAUUUAGUGGUGAGCAUCAUUGGACAAGGGGUAGGCGUCCAUAAGGAGCUUAUAGGUAAUGGACAGGGGCAGACUGACCGUUUGGAAACUCGGGCACUGCCCGAGGGCCCGGGGUAAGUAGGGGGCCCCAUGAGAUGCUCCUGGUACCUUUCAUAGGCUUUUUUGGGUGUGGUUUGAGCAUGGGCGAGGACACAGGGGCCCCAUGAUCCCUUAUUGCCCAGAGGCCCCAU